UGUAUGUUUAAUUCUAAAUGUUGUUUACAUACAGGCUUUGCUAAAUCAAUUCCAAAAGAGUCGCGACGUUUAAAAUAUUUAGUAUUGAUUGGUUUUAUGUACUGUAAAAAGAAGAGGAAAGAUGGACGGAGCUGUGACUGUUAUUUUAAUCUCAGUCGCAAUGUUUAUAGGAUGUUUCCUGCUCGGGCUCAUUCCAUUACUGAUCAGCUUUUCCCAGCAAAAACUGCAGUAUGUGGCUGUACUGGGGGCGGGGCUUCUGUGUGGCACCGCUCUAGCUAUUAUCAUUCCAGAGGGGGUGGAGCUUCUGCAGGACUCAUCCAGAGAUUGUUCUGUUGAAGCAGCAAAACCAACCUUACAAGGUGUAAAUUCUACUGUUGAGCCAUUUACUGAGAAACGCUGUCGUCAUAAUGUCUUCAUCGGAGCAUCACUGGUCCUGGGGUUCACUCUAAUGUUUAUGGUUGACCAGAUUGCUGAAUACUAUUCUUCAAAUGUCUCACGAGCUAGUAUUUACACUGGCAGCAGUACCACAGCAACUCUGGGUCUCCUCAUUCAUGCUGCAGCUGACGGCAUGGCUCUAGGUGCAGCUGUGGCUUCAUCUCAUGUGUCAGUUCAGGUUAUUGUGUUCUUCGCUGUGAUUUUACACAAGGCUCCAGCUGCGUUUGGCCUGGUUGCAUUCCUCAUGCAUGCAGGUUUGGAGAAGAGCACAAUUCAGAAGCAUUUGCUGGCUUUCUCAGCUGCAGCACCACUGAUGGCUAUCAGCACCUAUUUUAUCUUAAGCUUGACUGGUGGAUCGUCACAGUAUCGCCUUAGUGCAACAGGAAUCGGCAUGUUGGUCUCAGCUGGAACUUUCCUGUAUGUGGCAACAGUACAUGUGCUGCCCGAAAUCACCAACAGAGGGCAGCAGCGGUCCACUCACAGUCACAAUUACACAGCGACUGGAUCCUAUCAGCAUGGUGGAAUGGGAGUAAUGGAAAGCCUUGCUCUCAUUACAGGAGCUGGACUUCCUGUACUCUUGGCUCUUGGUCUUCCUGAUGACUGAACUCUUAUAUUGCCAAACCGGUCUAAAAAUACAUAUAUUAUUAUUAAAUAUUUUUAUUAUUAUUUUCUGUUAUUAUUUUUAAUGUUAUGUUUUACUAUUCCCUGUAACAGCUUACAUAAACCAUUUCCAGAAAUGUUGGGACGUUUUGUAAAAUGUAAAAAAAAGAAUGUGAUUUGUUAAUUCCCUUGAGUCUUUUGUAAAUAUAAACAUAUUUAGAGUUUGUUGCCUGCAACACACUUAAAAGGGACAGUUUUAGCCCUGUGUUUCAUCACUUCUCCUAUUAAUGAGACUUUUGGGAAUUAAAGGCACUAAUUACAAGAUUUCAGCUGCUCAGCAGUUCAUGGUUGCCAUUGUUAGAUUUUCCCAUUCAUAAUAAUUAAUUAUGAAUGAAUAUAUGAAUCAGUAAUUCAUAAUAAUUCAUUUUUAUAUGAGCAAACACUCUGUGCCUGAGUCACAUGGUUCGCCUGCAAAUUGAGGCUUGGCAUUGUCUUGUUGACAUUACCAAGGACUAUUAAUCUAUAUAUAUGGUCACACCAGAAUACAAUGGAUGCAAGGCAGGAAUACCCUGGUCAGCAUGCCUGCCCAUCGAAGGGCUUUGUGUAUGAAAUCAGGAAUUACAUUUCAGAUUUAUGGGCAAGUCCAAAACCUUAUCAUAAAAAGUGUUUUCUUUUUAAAUCAUCUUGGUUUAGUCCCAGCCACCAGUAUUUGUGCAUUAUCUUUUUGUUAUAUUUUGAGACCAUGCAUAUAUUUGUAUUUAUUUUCAUUUUCUUAUGGAACGAUAAUAUGCCCUCCAAAAAAUGUUAAAACACUCUCAACCAGCUUCAGUCAGUUUUCAUAUCAUUCAUAUCUUCGUAUCAGUGUAAGAUAUGGUGUUUUCCUGUUCCCUGCCUGAAAACUUUUUGCUGAAUAGUAGGAGGGUGACAGGUCACAUGGCUAAUCACGAGAUUAGAACAAGAACUAACCUCUGAAUUGAAAGGAGAAUACUCACAUCUUUCUUUCUGCAUAGCUUAGUACUGUUAAAUACCAUUAAUCACACAUUUGGUUGCACAGAAGGUUAUCGAUUUUAAAAAGGUAAAAAUGUUGGCUCCACAGCUGGUGGCCCUGGGUCUUAAAUAAAAAGUUGCUAUGCAAACCGCAA